AUGUCAUUUUGUCCACAUCGCCUGCUGCUCUCAAGCGUCCGCGUCAGGUCACCCUCCUGUUCUGCGGAACAGAGGUUCCGCACCAGACUCAAUUAUCGACAGAGGAAGUUUUUAGGAUUAACGUAUCUUAGCGGAAAUGCGUUGCAGUCGAAUAACGCGGUCCCGCCCGGACAUAAUGAUGAUUUGGAGACUGGUGCGCGAUCGGAUUAUCAUGUUUUAGAAGACCUUACCCCGGGAGAUGACCAUGUUGCCGGCUCACUUAUGGAGAAACACCGAGAGGUUGGCGGUGUUAUAGCUAAACCUGACGCCAGUCAGACUGUUCCUGUUCAUUUACCUAAUUUAGAGCCCCUACGAGAACCCAAACGAAUCGUUCAUUACGUUCAGUACGAUCGGGAGGGGAAACGGCGGCACGUCCGCAGACAAUUUGUGGAUCAGGGAGUGUGGGAGAGAGACAUGGAGAUCAGGUCGACAUCGCUAUACUAUGAUCCCAAGUCAAUUAGAGCAUGGAGAGCCACAUGCCGUUUGAUACGCGAAGCAAGGACAGAUGGGAAGCCCUUUCCAGAGCUCCCAAAGUUAACUGACCACGACCACAUUCUCCUGGAAGCUCUGGGGAUGGCUUCAAAAGAAGCCUUCCGCGAAGCAUGGGACCGACUGCCUAAAAACGAUCAAGGCGCUCACUGGCACCGCCUGUCGCUGUGGUUAUUGUGUCACUUCCCCAGCCUUGUGCCGGAUUUUCUAAAAAUUACUUGCCACGGACCAUUUUUCAAGCCCGUAUUUGUGGCAGUCACAGACUGCAUCCAGCAUCUGUUGCGUUUCUUCCCUGACCUGCUGGAUCGAUCAUUCAUCAUAGACCUCAUGCACCCGGAUAGAUGGCCCGUCCUUCUGAUGCCCCAACGGCCUGUCCGAAUCUACGUCGCGAAUGCCGAUCGCGAUUCUGUACACUAUGCCUGGAAUCUCGUCCGCGAAAAAAGGAUACACAUGGCACCUAACACAAUCCUAUCCUUCAUGAAGCGUUUUACACAUUUUAGAGACGUUGACGCCGCUCUCGAAGCCAUCGAAAUGGUCAAGGAGGCGGCACAUCCCGCGUUUCGCAUGAAUUCCGAGGAGGUUGUCCGCCAUUGCUGCAAGCUACUGACGAUUGACUUUGUCGUGGAUGAUGGUGGUGUUCGAAAUUUCCGCAUCCUUCCCAAGCUGCUUGAGCUUGGUGUUCCGCCAACUCGCGACUUAAUGAAUGUAGUUUUGUUAAAUGCAUUCAGAUCGGGCGACACACACGUAUCACAAGGUAUACUGGACUACAUGAAAGAUCAGGAGCUAGAGCCUGAUGCGUAUACCUACAUGGCCUUACUCACAGAUGCUGUCCGUGUGGGAGACCACGAACGCUUUCAAUCAUUGUUGCAAGAGAUUCAGGUCAAGGAAGAAGUGCGCCGCAAUCCGUGGAUUAUGACCAAAAUCCUCCAUGCGCAUUUUCUCACCGUUGCAAAACGAAGGGACUCGGAUGAGGAUCCGAGUGACAUUUUCUAUUCCAUGCUUGAUAUGUAUGGUCGAUUACAUGACAUCACUCCUCUUAAGGAGCUUCUCAUCCUUCCUCCGCAUUAUGUCCAAUACGAAAAUGACGUUUCUGCACCUUCUGUUGUGGCUUUAUACAUUAUGAUCGCGACAUAUCUCCGCUGCGUGAAGAACAUGGGCAGAGUGGAACAAAUUUACUCUCGCUUUCGGGAAUUUGUGCUGAGCGGCCAUGAAAGUAUCGCUCCGCUUGCAGCAACGGAUCAUACCUACAACGAAUUCUUGGUAGCAUUUCGAAACAGCCCUGCAGGGCUUCGACCUGCAGUACGCGUUAUUGAAGACAUGCAACACAGCUCCUCCCUUCAGGGGCUCACGAAGGAAGACGGCAAGAAAAUUGGGAACGGUGGCAUUGGGCAGGUCAAACAUACACCACCAACUGUACGGACCUGGACCCUCUUAAUGAGCUGUUUUGUGUUCAACAAGCAACCGCAUGCUGCUGAGAAAGUGAGAGCAAUGAUGGACAAACACGGGGUUCGUUACGACAUAGAUGUUUGGAACAUGAUUAUCAACAAUUAUGCCAACUCGCAAAACGUCCCCGCGCUCGCGCGAGCAUUCAAGCAAAUGGAGUCUGAAGGCAUUAAGCCGGACAGCUUUACCCUAAACCCUUUACGCUACCUACGAGAUCCGGAGCGGCUCUGGGUUGCUAUUGAUGAGUUGGAUCGGGCCGAAUUCCAGAAGGGCACGUUGGGAAGUGAUUGGAAUGCCGUGGGGAGUAGGGAGAAUGUAGAGUCACUCCUUGAGCAGGGUCUCCAAAGAUUAAAGACAACCCCAAGGCAAUAA